CGCUUACUGAGUCAGUCUCUGAAAUCGGCGUUCUCUAUGUUUUCGCCCAUAGAUAUUUUCUAAUCAUCGAUACCUCGGACCUGAAACAUCGGAUUUCUUUGCUGUUUCGACCAUAAAAAUCUGGAAAAGCUGCUCUACUUCCAGAUGCAACCUUUUUCUCCAUUCACCAUGAGGAACCCUUACGAAUGUUCGUGUAAAGUUUUGAAAGUGUGAUUUAUCUCGGAUUUUUGACUUUUUUCGAAAAAAACGCUCCACAUUCAUAUGCAGCACCCUUUUAUCUACAAAUGUGUUAUGUUUAAAACGUAAUAGAACACACCAGGAUGGACUGAGACGAUCAAGUUGAAGACUACAUAAAGCCACUUUGGCUGGACGCAGCCGAGGCAAAAUGGAAAAUCCCGCUGUUCCACCAGCCGGAGCGAGUUUCGGUCAGGAUUCGGGUGAAAUACAAAACGAGACAUCGCUAGCUGCUUCUGAUUAAAACUGGACUCAUAUGAUAAAAACAUGUGAUCAAUAUGCUGCAAUGAAGAGCGAGCCGCUUUCUGAUGAGUGGGAAAGGAUGACGCCCUAAUCUACCCUCUGUGUGUUUGACAAACCAAGUUCUGGCUCAGCUGUUCUUAAUCAGAGAAGAAGGACAAUCAACAUGGGGCCAUGUAAGUAGAUCAUUAACCCCCCCCCCCACCUUCUUUUUUAGUGGGUCGGGAGGAACUGCGUAAUUUUCUGUGUGGUGCCUUCGGGCCGCGGUAGCUUCUACCCAAUUCUGAUGUGAACUUGUGUAGCCUACUAAAUAAUAAAAUGCCUUCGGGCCACAGGAGCUUCUGCCCAAUUCUGAUGUGAACUUGUGUACCAAAAAAUAAAAUGCCUUCGGGCCGCGGGAGCUUCUGCCCAAUUCUGAUGUGAACUUGUGUGCAAAAAAGUAAAAUGCUGCGGUCCAAUUUUAUAUGAAGUAGGCCUACUAGUACUUAAUAUUAUUAUUAUCACAGCAAACUCUAAAGAAUAGAAUAUGGUUUCUUCCACAGGUUCUAUCCUGGUUCUUGGAGUUAUUUCCUGAUCAGAUUGUGACUGAAGGGCAACUGCAACACAAGAUUGAAGCCACCUGGAAGAAGAUGACAGUCAUCAACCAGGAAGACAUGGCAGGUUUUUUAACUAUGGAGGAGGACUUCAACUCAAUUCCAGCAGAGCUACAAAGUCUUGGACUCUCCAUGCAAUCUAUUUAGGGAGAUGAGUCCCAGUUCUUUCCCCCUUCUGGGUAUUUCCCAACUAAGUCAGUCUUGCUGGCUUUGGAAAGUAUUAGAUGUCAAAAACGUUUGACGGACUCAUUUGUUGUUAGAUGGAUUCAAUGUUUCUUAAAACCAUCUUCACUGUCUGUGACAAAGGCCAAAAUAAUAAAUGCUGUUAAGAAGGCAAAAAGAGACCGAGCCAAAUGUAGUGGUGAAGAAUUGCAGUCAAUUUUGCGUGAACCAGUCUUUGCCACAACAAAUGUGCUUCCUCAGGUCCUAGAAGGAAAUGUCUGUCCUAGAAUUAAAUGUGCUGAAGCAGAAAUAAAACGUUUGAGAACUGAUCUCGAUUUAGAAAAAAAGCAAGGGCUAAAGAAUCAAGACACUUUAGAAAAGAACAAGACUGAAAAAGAAAUAUUAGCUUUAGAAAGUAAACUUCUCAAAGAAGAUAGAGACAGGUUGAGGGAAGAGAAUAAAAUUCUUACGAAUGAGAGAGAACAGUUAAGAGAAAAAAUUGCUCAAAGAAAAAUGAUACAAUCAAAAGGUAUUAAAGUAUCUGAUGUUCAGAACGGUUUGGCAGCAUCCAGACAAAUGGAGGAGGAGUUAAAACAAAGUCAAAAAUUAAUAUGUUCUCUUAAAAAAGAUCUUGAAGAAAAAUGUAAAUGUCUAGAUGACAUAAAAAAGUCUUUUAAAGAGUGUGAGGCUUUAGUACAAAAACUAAAAAAACAAAUAAAAUCAGAACAGAACAUGAAGUCUUUUUAUAAAAAUAUUAAAAGUCAACUUAGUGAUGCUCUUGAAACUGCUGAGGCUAUUCUUGAAGAUGAGGGAAAGAAAGAGGGAGGUUAUCAUGUACCGGUACAGUUGAAAAAUGAAGGGAAUAAAAAUAAUACCUACUCCGAUGCUGUCCGUGUGACAUAUAUGGCCUUGCAAGGUGAAGCUUAUGUUGCAGCAUCAAAAUGUUCAACAGUCGUAAAAAUUAUUGCUAAACAUUUAUUUGAUACUGAAUUGUCUCAAAAAGAUCUCCCCUGCAAGCAGUCUGCUCUUAACAUGUCUAAUGAGGGCAAUUUUCUAUCCAGAAGUCAGGUUGUUGAAGAGAUUAGAGCAAACGAACAUUUUACUUUCGCCACAGAUGAGACAUCACGGCAAAAGAGAAGAUAUUUAGAGCGCCACAUUGUUUUGUCAAACAGCGGUAUGAUGAGUCUUGGGUUUCAAGAGGUGGCAUCAGAAACAGCUGAUACUUUAUUAGAAAAGUCUAUUUGUUUAAUCAAUGAGCUGUGUGAUGUUUAUUGCUCACAAAAUGAAACUGUUUUGCGUGACAGUCUGUUCAAAGAAAUUUUGAGCAAGAUGAAAUGUCUAAUGAGUGACAGAGCUUCUGUCAUGAAACUCUUUGACAAGAAAUUGGCUAAUUAUAAAAAAGAGGUUUUGGGGACAGAUUGCAGUACUCACUUUCUGUUUUGUAAUGCUCAUUUUUUGUUAGGUGUCAGUCUUACUGCAGAGGAGGUCUUGAAAGAGAUAUCUAAAGAGUUUGCAAACAGCGAUAUCAAACUGGGUAGGGAUGCUUCAGACAGAUUUUCAAGACUUGCAAAUUCCACUGAAACCCCAGCACUCAGAGUUGUUAGAGCUGCUGCUGAUGUUUUUGGCCCGCGUGGGGAUGAGAAGAAUGGUUGUCGAAAUGAGUGGCUAGUCUGUCUUGAAUCCAUCAAGAUUAAGUCAAAAUUUACCAGCUACAGAAACAACAGAUUUAAUAAUGUCUUUGACAAUUCAUCUGCACUGCUAUUCCACAGAGAGCAUAUCAUUGAUUUUUUGACAAAGUCAGUCUCUCAUGAAAAUUUGAAGCUUUUAAGUAUUUUAGAAGACAUUAAAGAUGACAAUAUCAUGGCUAUGGUUUCUGCUUUGGAUAAGUUCAACACCCUCUUCACAUCCCCAUACUGGUCACUAUUGAACAGUAAAGUUUCAUAUGGGGAGUUUCCACCAUAUGUUAAACUCAUGGAAGAGUUCCUCACCACAAAGCCUAGUACCAGUGUUUUCCCUGAUUUUGUGUCUCCUGAUUCACAUCCUAUUUCUAGUAUUUGUCAUGAGUCUAGGGAAACUUUUAAGAAUGUUUACAACAGGUUACAUUCAAACACUCUCGAUGUGCUGAAACGUCAGGUCUCUGACUUUAUUGGGGAUGGUGUUUUCGCUGGGGAGUUGGAUGAAGAUGUCAAAAGUAUUUUGAUGACUGCACCAUUAUCAAACCUGACAGGAGAGAGGCUCUUUGGGGAUUUAGAUUAUGACAUAUCCGAGAGAAGAAAUGCAUCCUUACAUUUGCGUUCCUCAUUCAACAUGUGGAAACACAAUGGCACAGGAAAAUGGCUGUUGCAUAAGAAAAAGCAGGAGGCAAUUUAUUUGUUAACCCUGGAAAGGAAGUAUGGUCCAAAAUUAAAGAAGCGCAGUAGAGACCAGGAGAGAGAAGUUAGGAGGGUCAUCAUGGAACGGCUACGUGAAAAUGAAAGAAAAAAAGAGGCUAAAGAAGUUAAAGAGAGAGAGAAACACUUGUCUGUUGUCAAUGCUGUCAUUGGUCUUGGUGGGGUGUGUGUCACAAAAGAUGAUGUGGAUAGGAUGUUGCAAGAGGGGGGAAAUAGAGUUGAAAUGUUAAAAUCUCAAAUCAGAUACAGGAAAAUAGUAAUGCAAGAGAAGCAGUUAUCCCUUGUGGGUGGUUAUGCUCAACUAUAGAUACAAAACCCUCAUUAUCAGUUUGGGGUAUGAUGAGGCAGUCCCACCCCCGAGAAAAAAAUCCUGACAUUGAUUUAUAUUAUAUAAUGUACCUCACAUUUCU